CGACAAUCCAUCUCCCGCUGCGCGCGCUGGCUACGGUGCCGACUUUGUUAUUGCAACGCGUGUGCAGGGUACUGGGAAUAAUUCUCUGACGCAUGAGGUCCAUACCAUGAGAAGCGUUCGCGAUCCGCGAAGACCGAAGCCGGCGCAACAAUGUCCAAGUACUUCAAGAGCCUGCAGACUAACUUCAGCCUCGACUUCCUGGAUAAUAAGAUAGCAGAAGAGCAGGAGAAACAGAAACAGCAGCAAGGUCAGGGACAGAAGGCAGGCGCACCAGGCCUCAAGCGCAGUCUCAGCAGUGCGAGGAGAGGCAGUAGCAGAAUCGAGCCGCCAGGCAAUCGAUCCGGCAGCAGAUUGAGAGCUCCCGACGCGUCAGAUGGCGCGCCCGCGAUCAAAGGUCCGGACCCAGACGAUUUCGUUAUUGGGGAUGACGAGUCGAGCGCGAGCAUCAGCCGGACGGCCACACCACAGCCAGCAAUAAACGAGGGAAAAGAUGCAGGAUCAUCGGCAGCGACAGCACCAGCACCAGCAUCGACAGAGAGCGAACGCUCUAGAGACAAGGAUGGCGGCAGUCAAGAGGGCGAUAAGGGCAAGGGGAAGAUGGCUCCCGAGGAAGAGCUCCCAGAGCUCGUGCAAAAGAAGCUGGCGCAUCUGGAGAAGCUCACUGCAAGAUAUCAAGACUUGCUGCGCAAUUACAGGACAGCGCACGCACGAGUAUCCAUGAUCGAUCCAUUCGAAGCAGCCUUGCGCGAGCAUACCCCGUUGACGUCCAUCGGCGACCCUGGAACUUUGGUGGAGUGGCUGAAUCAACGCAGCAUGCAAAGUGAUAUGGUAUUGCAGGAGCUCAAGAAGAUUGCAGGCGAGAAAAACGAGGCUGAAAAGGAGCGUGAUGAGCUGAAGACUAAGCUCGAAGAUGCCGAGAAGAAGGUCAAGGAUGCCUUUGACGAAGCUGCUGGGUUGCGGAAAGAGCGUGAUGAGGCCAAGGCUGAGUCUGCGAAACACGGAGACUCUAGUGCACAUUCCCUGGGUGUAUCCAAGGCUGAGCGCAAGUCGACCGAGGACGACGCUUUCUUCUCGUACGAGGACGAGGUGUCUCGCGAUGGCGAGCUAAGCAAGCAACUUGCAGAGAAAGAUGUGACUCUCAAACAAAAGACCGAAGAGCUGCAGGCGUACGAGGUGAGGGAGAAAGAACACACGGCUUAUAUCAACGAGCUUUCUGUGGAGAACGCGUCCUUGCGCAAAGAUUCGGAAACAUUCCGAAACGAACUGGACGUCAAGAAGGUUGACCUCGAUGCUGCGAACAAGCAACUUGAGCAAAAGGAUGCUGAAAUCGCAUCGAUCAAGCAAGAACUUGCCGAAGUCAUCGCUGCUCGUGACGCUUCGAAGGAGCACCAAGAUGAAGCGACCCUCAGCUUGGUUCAGACUGAAGCCCAGCUUGUCAACAUCCAAAAGGAAAUGAAAGAUUCCCAGGAGGCUCUCAAAAAGAAGGCCGCAGAGGCUGAAGCAAGGAAGUCAGAGGCUGAGGACAAGUUGCAGAAAUAUCAGCGUGAGCACGCCAAGAACCUCAAGGAGGGCAAGUACUCUCCAGACGCUCAGAAGGGGGUGGAAAAUGUCCGCAACCUCGUCAAGACAUUGCAGGCCAAUUUGGAGGCCAAAACUAAUGAGGUGCUUAUUGCAAGAGCUCAAGCCAGCGAUAUGCACAGCGCCAUGAAGAUCAUGGAAGCUGAAAGUGCUCAAACGGAGAGUACUAUGAAAUACCUUCGUGAUAUCGAAACCACCGCGAAGAGCGACAAACAGAGAUUACACGAAGCCGAGCAACAACGUGACGCUCUCCAGAAGGUGGUUGACUCCAAGAGGGGCCACGAGCAGAAAAUUGUGACGCUACAGAUGCAGCUCAAGCAGGCCAUGGAAGACCGCGACAGAGCAUAUCAGAACAUCAUCAACUGCGGCAAAUGUGUGAUCCCGGUCAAGCAGGAUGAGGUUACAACGCCGUCAGAGGUAGCCAGUUCAUCUAAGUCACGCCUUGGCUCCGAAACGACAAACGUCAGCACCCAGCCCACCGAGCUUGGUAGCGAGGCUUCAACCCCUGGGACUCCGCCGGCGCUCGAAGACGAGGAUUUACAAACUCCGACUGGUGCGGCAAAGAAGAAGAGCAAGAAGAAGUCCAAGAAGGGCAAGAAAAAGCCGGAAUCUGCGACCGGUCCUGAAGGUGCAGACAAGACUGAACACGCAUCCGCCGAUGUCACCGUCGACGAUCUUAUUCGGGACCAGACUGGGACUGCGGCAAAACUUAGGCAUCAAUUUGAAGGCAACCCACUAAUCCCACUGUUGGAAAAUAUGCACGACUAUGUGAAGAAGCGAACCGAAGCAGACAGCGACAAUCACGAUAAUCUGAUUAUGCACCUUGAAGAACGUAUCGAGGUUGCCGUACAGAACCUCAAAAACAAGGAUGUCGUCCUCCGAGCCAAAGACGAUGAGAUUCUCGAACUUCGGCAGAAUAUGCUCAACACAAUCUCGUCCGAUGCUAAGACGAUACUUCAAGGCCAGAUCGACGAUCUGACAAAGGAGAUCGCAAUC